AUGCAGGUGGCAGGCGAGAAGACGCAGGCGUUGGUCCUCUCCCAGUGGGCCCGCGACGCGACCGACUGCUCACUCCGGGUAGCGGGGAAGAUCGUGUCCGCGGGAGACCACCUCAAGCUCCUGGGAGUCACCAUAGACCGACUGCUGCACUUCGGCCCCCACUGCCGUAACCUGCGUCAACGAGUGCGCCCGCGAACUGCCCAACUCAGGAGACUCACAGGACGAGACUGGGGUCUCGAAGAACGCCAACUCCGCACCAUCGCCAACGGGUAUGUGCGCGGCGCCAUCGAGCACGCUGCCGCCGCCUGGCUCCCGGCCACAUCCCCCGCUCAUGCAACCCUCCUGGAGAGGGAGAUGCGUGCAGCGGCGCGGGUGAUCACCGGGUGCCCGAUCUCGACCCCCUCCCACGCCGUCAUGGCGGAGGCCGGCCUCGCCCCGGUGGCGGAGCGCCGCCUAGUCCUGGCGGCGCGACUCCUGGCGAAGGCCCACGCCCUGCCUGAGGGAGACCCGCUCCGUGCGGUGGCAUCCAGCGACCCCCCCACAAGACUAUCGACAACCGGAUGGCGCCAAGUGGGAGGAGAGGUCCUGGCGGCGAUCGGGGUCGCUCCCCCCGUCGAGCCGAUGCUCCCUCCACGAGAGCCUCCAUGGGUCCUGACAGGCCCAGUCUACUUCCACCUGGAUGUAGGUGCAGCACUCCCACCAGCAGCAUCAGCCCAACAAAGACUCACCACCGCGACGCUCCACCUGGCGUCACUCCCCCAGUGCGCCACGUGGUGCUGGACAGACGGCUCGGCAUCCGGAGGCAUCACCGACGGAGGAGCAGGCGCGUUCAUCGAGAGACCGGACGGCGAGGUGACAAAGCUCCGCAUCGCCGCCGGCCGCCUCUGCUCUAGUUACAGAGCGGAGAUGAUCGCGCUCCAAGCAGCCGCCGACUACCUAACGGACAACCCCGCACACGAGGAGGACCCCAUCAUCUUCUGCACCGACUCCAUGGCGGCGCUCGCGCGCCUCCGCGAGGGACCGACGGCGCAGACGACACCGCUCGGAAUACAAAUCUGGAGAGCCCUGUGUUCCCUGGCCUCUUCAGGACGAGCCAUACACCUACAAUGGGUCCCCUCGCACUGCGGGAUACCUGGAAACGAGAGGGCAGACACCCUGGCGGGGGAGGCCUCCGCCCUGGACCAAAACUCAGCCACGCCGAGUACCACGACGAUCCAGAGAGCAGCUGCAAGGCUGGCGCGCGCGAGGACCAUAGCAGCCUGGCCCGACGGCUGGUACCGACAGCUGCAGGGCCCCCGUCUCCCCCCGCCGAUCCCGGGGGGCGACCGGUCGAGCGCUGUGGAUGUUCAUCAGCUGCGCGCCGGCCACUGGUCCAGGUCCUCACAAUACCUACACCGAAUCGGCAAGAAACCCACCAACGACUGCGCCGGGUGCGAAAACAAGAGGUGCCCCGCGGCCCGGUGCGAGCUCUGCCGCGAAGAGGCGGAUACCCCGGCACACGUGCUGAUGCGGUGCCCCGCCCUAAUGAACAGCCGAUUCCGUGUAUUCGGAUCGAUCCACCCGACCCACGAGGACUUGCGCAGCAACGACGAAGUGGCGACCCUGGGGGCCGCCUUCGUCUCCCUCCAGAGCCGACUGGCUACGCCCUAG